AUGGGUCGGUUUCGUUUAAUUCUGCAAUCCUUUUCUCUACUAUUACCACUACUACUACUGGUGGUUUUGUCCCUUGGGGUGGAAGGAAUUCGUCUUGGUUGCAGCGGUGGUAUUGGGUGUUUAAAUUACGACACUGCUCCUUCAGUUAAUUAUGAAUACGGUGCAUCAAAGGAGGCCGUGAUGAGGGGUUUUUACAGGGAGGGGGUGGUCGGAACGGCGACGGCGACGGCGGUGGCGGAGGAGCUGAGGUGGGUCCCGUCGGGGCCGGACCCACUGCACCACAACGGUAGCCCCAAAAAGCCCCAGACGCCUUGACGCGUGUCGGGUCCGGAUUGGCUGGAGCUGUGACUGGAAAGGCCGUGGAGGUGGAAGCAGGAAAUAUAUAUCCAAAUUAUAAGCAACUUUUUGUGUAGUAAAUCAGUGGCACAAUGUGCGUGAUACAAGUAACAAGUGUGCUGCUGCUGCUACUUAAUUAAUUAAGUUCGUUUUUUUUUUUUUUUUUUU